CGCAUGCGCAUAGUACACUGAAGGCCUUGAAAAUGUCGGAUGGAGGUUAAAAAUGGCAAGGAAUUUUAGUAUGGGAAUCUCGAACACAACACAGCAGUUUUGCUGUCUCUGUCCAGAUAUUUAAGAAGUGGAGCAAGGGUUUCAGUCAAUCAUCCUUCCUGCUCAGACUGUCGGGAGGGAUUCACUCGAUCAUCUGACCAACUGGCAUGCCCGUUAGUUUACAUGGGGGGAGCCCAUUCUCCUGCUCAGACAGUGGGAAUGGAUUCACUCGGUCAUCUCAACUGAAGGUACAUCAGCGAGCUCACACUGGGCAAGGCCAUUCACCUGUCCUGUGAGUGAGAAGGGGUGUCAGUUCACCCUGGGCAGAGGCUGGUCAACUGCAGAAUUUGUGGGGAAGGAUUCACUCGGUCAUCUGACCUAAUGGCUCACCAGCGAGUUCACACUCGGGAGCGGCCAUUCACCUGCUCGGACUGUGGGAAACGAUUCACUCAGUCAUCUCAGUUACUGAGACACCAGUCAGUUCACACUGGGGACAGGCCAUUCACCUGCUCAGACUGUGGGAAAGGAUUCAUUUCAUCAUAUCAGUUACUGAGACACCAGUCAGUUCACACUGGAGUGUGGCUGUUCACCUGCUCAGACUGUGGGAAGCGAUUCACUGAAUUAUCUCGACUGAAGAUACAUCAGCGAGUUCACUCCGGAGAGAGGCCAUUCAACUGCUCAGACUGUGGGAAGGGAUUCGCUCAGUCAUCUCAACUGAAGGUACACCAAAGAAUUCACACUGGGGAGAAGCCGUUCACCUGUUCGGACUGUGGCAAGGCAUUCACUUCAUCAGCUCACUUACUGAGACACCAGUCAGUUCACACUGGGGAGAGGCCAUUCACCUGCUCAGACUGUGGGAAAGGAUUCACUUCGUCAUAUAAGUUACUGAAACACCAGUCAGUUCACACUGGAGAGUGGCCAUUCACCUGCUCAUACUGCGGGAAGGGAUUCUCCGAAUUACCUCAACUUAAGGUACAUCAGCGAGUUCACACCGGAGAGAGGCCAUUCACCUGCUCAGACUGUGGGAAGGGAUUUGCUUCGUCAUCCCAUCUGAAGAUACAUCAGCGAGUUCACACUGGAGAGAGGCCGUUCACCUGCUCAGACUGUGGGAAAGGAUUCACUCAGACAUCUCAACUGAAGGCACACCAGGGAGUUCACACCGGAGAGUGGGCAAUCACCUGCUCGGACUGUGGGAAGGGAUUUACUUGCUCAUCCCAAAUGAAGGUACAUCAGCGAGUUCACACUGGAGAGAGGCCGUUCACCUGCUCAGACUGUGGGAAAGGAUUCACUCAGACAUCUCAACUGAAGGCACACCAGGGAGUUCACACCGGAGAGUGGGCAAUCACCUGCUCAGACUGUGGGAAGGGAUUCACUUCGUCAUCCCAUCUGAAGAUACAUCAGCGAGUUCACACUGGAGAGAAGCCGUUCACCUGCUCAGACUGUGGGAAAGGAUUCACUCAGUUAUCUCAACUGAAGGCACACCAGGGAGUUCACACCGGAGAGUGGCCAAUCACCUGCUCAGACUGCGGGAAGGGAUUCGCUUCGUCAUCCCAUCUGAAGAUACAUCAGCGAGUUCACACUGGUGAGAGGCCGUUCACCUGCUCAGACUGUGGGAAGGGAUUCACUUCAUCAUCCCAUCUGAAGAUACAUCAGCGAGUUCACACUGGUGAGAGGCCGUUCACCUGCUCAGACUGUGGGAAGGGAUUCACUUCAUCAUCCCAUCUGAAGAUACAUCAGCGAGUUCACACUGGUGAGAGGCCGUUCACCUGCUCAGACUGUGGGAAAGGAUUCACUCAGUCAUCCAUCCUAAAGGCACACCAGCGACUUCACACUGGGUAGAGACCGAUCUGCUCAGACUUUGGGAAAAGAUUCUCUCAGCCAAAUCAACCAGUGUGCAUCACUGAGUUCACACUGGGGAGAGGCCAUUCACCGGCUGUGAAUGUAGGAAGCGAUUCACUCAGUCAUCUAAUCUUAUGUAGCUCUCAGUUCUGCUGGCAGCUUAACAGAGGGGGUUAUAGCCUGCCCACCCCAGUCUGGCCAAACUGAAGAAUCUCGUUUGGGUGGAUACUGAGUGAUGUGUCCCCUUUCUGUGAACUGUCUCUUUAAAAUGCAAAGAGAACCGAGACUGACUUUGGACACGCUGUUGGAUUUCUACAGAAGUGCUGGGUUGCUAUGGUGACCAGCUAAUGUUUGUGUUCUGUGUGGUUAAGCAAGGUCAGAAUGAUCCUCUACCGACACAGAACAAGCAAGCGACUUCUUACAGAGAGAGGGGGCGGAGCUACGUGAUGGACAGAUGGUGUUCAGCACAACGGUAUUUAAACACACGUAACUGCUUUUCUCGCAGGACAUGUGGACGCUCAAAGGCUAGUGAUGAAAGUUUCUGCUAGUUGGACAUUCUUCUACCCACAAGGGUGGGAUUUGAGGAUCGAUAAAGAAGAAUCGAUCUGUGGCUGUUAGUGCGUGUAAGAGCGACCCUGUGGGAUCUACCGGUGAGUCUAACCCUUGCCUGGGUUGGGAGACUUUCUCUUGAAGAAGGUGCUCUUGAGUUGGUCACGUCUGGCUAACUUGGAAGAUUUGAUGGGCAUUGGAAAAGGUCGACAACACCUGUUUACUUGGAUUACAUCUCCCUCUCCCUCUCCCUCUCCUUCCCUCCCUCCCUCCCCCUCC